AUGAAUGUGGCUUUGUGUGCAAUUAUCUACAAAGAAGGGCCUGUAAACAAAUUUCUUCUUGUACAUCUCUCACUGAUAUGCACUACUUCAUGUAAUGAACUUUUUCUGCUUGUAACAGAUCAAGGCUUUCUAAAUGAGUGCAACGUGGUGUGGGAGACAUUGUCAAGUGUUGAAGGUGACUGCUACUUUGUGGAUGCAGAAUUCAAUACUUACACCAAACCUGAUCCAGUUUCAGGUAAUUCUGUUGUCACGCCUCCUGUUGUUCCAAUUGGUUCGGACCAGCAGAUCGACCAAGAUUAUCUGGUAGCAUUGUCUCUAGAGCGAGAGCAGCAAUUACAACGAGAGGCAUGGGCUAGUCAUGCAGGUGGUGCUGGAAUUGGAGGUGUUGGCAUGGGUUCUGGAGCUGCUGUACCUGACCCACUGAGGGGACACCAUGUACAAUUGAGCGACCUUGAAUUAGCCAAGAAAUUGCAAGAUGAAGAAAACCAACGUGCAGGGGCUGCUGCUGCUGCUACAAAUGCUGCUUCCAAUCGCAGAACCCCGAGAGCUGCAGAUGCAUGCACAUCUACAGGAGCAAGACGCACACGUGAUAGAGAAAGAGAUAAAGAUGGUUGUUUCAUCUUGUAA